CCAUAUUCAAAAAUGUGUACGGCGUAUGUAACAUUCUUAGGUAUGUAUGUAACUGACCUUUGAUGUUAACAGUAAACCUCAAGACUCAACACACACAUACCAAUGACACCUGGAGAUGCAUAAAACAGAAGGUACCUUACCUUGUACUACUAGUAGUACAUACGUAUUCGUGUUGCCUUUCUUUGUCAUGAUCACCUGGAGAUGAUGCCAAGACAACUUAGACAAGAAUCGUCACCUUCGUCAUACCUCACCCAUCGGUAAUAAUAUCUUGGUCAAAGCCAAGACAAUCCUACUUACCUAGGUAUCCAACAUAUCCUAGGUAACCAACAUAACUUACAAUUACAUACAAACUAAACAAGCCUUUUUUCACCGGUCGAAAAUCCCAGGAUCCGUCAAUGUUAAGCAGUUGGAAGGGAACAGAGAAAGAGAUCUAUCUACCCACCCCGAACAGUCAGCUUACAUACCUAAACGCGCCUUGCUAUAAGGCAUCUACCUAGGUACCUAACCUACAUGUAGCUUACAGGCCAUGAGGCUUUUACAUGAAAAUGGAUUGGCUGAAGCCCUUGCAGACCUUUGGCACGUCAUACCUCUAUCCCACGCUAAAGCUGAUACUGAAGCUAUCCUACUAUGUCACGAUACCUCUCCACUAUCCCGCCUACUACCUUGUCUAUUCCAUAAUUGCCCUGGUCGCCUUCCUUUUGUCGCCUUUCUGGUAUAUGCUCCAGGCUCUUUCAAAACUCGCCUUAGCUACUGCGAGUUUAGUUGCUAAAUUUAAGUACCUUUAUAUCUACCUCGCCUGCGCUGCUAUUAUAGGCAUCUGCGCUGGCUUGAUGUUGCAUGAAACGUCCAACUUCAUCUUUGUCACGCUAGGCGUCGAUACAUCAUCAGAGGAACAACGGAAGCUGGUUCGGUACAGGUCUAAGCUGCCGUCGUCGAGUGCCGAGGAGCAAGACCUCGACCGCCCGGGAUUCAAGACCCAGUCGGAGGAUAGCUCUGGCAGACAAUCUGCUUCGAGCGGGCCCUCGCGGCGCGGGAAGCCGAGGCAGGAGAUCAAGGACGAUGUGUUUGAGGCCUUCGAGAGGAAGUGGAAAGUGUCGAGGUCGCCCGAGAAGCCUAAGAGGCGACGAAGGGGGUUGCUUUCCCAGACGAUCCACGAGGAGAGCAGUAGUGAUUUGUCCUAAGAUGAUGACGCCAACAGUCCUUGGCUUGUGGUUGCUCUAGGUAGUAGAAGACAUAUCAUUAAGCGUUCAGAUAUCUAGGUCAUAUAAAAUAGGUAGUCGUUAAAACAUUACGAUCAAUUAUUAGCA